UCGUCAGGACUCCCACUGCAUACAGGAUGGCACUGCUGGGGUUUCUGAUGCUGCUGUGCAUCUUGGGAGCUCAAGCCACUAUGGACCUCAGACAUGCCGCUGCCAUGGCUGCUGGGUUGUGUAACACAAAACCUACGGAUGUGGUGUUCAUCAUUGACAGCUCUCGGAGCGUGCGGCCCUCAGAGUUCGAGCAGGUCAAGGUUUUCCUUAACAAAGUUAUAGAGGGCCUUGACGUGGGGCCCGAUGCCACACGCGUGGGUGUGGUGAACUACGCCAGCCGGGUGAAGAAUGAGGUGUCUCUCAAGUCGCAUAAGGCGAAGGCCGGACUGAUCAAGGCUGUGUCGAAAAUUGAGCCACUCUCCUCAGGCACCAUGACUGGCCUGGCUAUCCAGUUCGCUAUGAAUGUGGCCUUCAGUGAUGCAGAAGGGGCUCGCAAAUCCCCAGACAUCAGUAAGGUUGCCAUUAUCGUGACAGAUGGACGACCACAGGACAAUGUGCGGGACAUUGCAGUGAGGGCCCGGGAGUCCGGCAUUGAAAUCUUUGCAAUUGGUGUGGGGCGUGUGGACAUGAAUACACUGAAGCAGAUGGCUAGUGAGCCCCUGGAGGAGCACACUGACUAUGUGCAGAGCUACAGCCUCAUCGAGAAGCUCACCAAGAAGUUUCAGGAGGCCUUCUGUGUCUCUGACCUGUGCGCAACAGGUGAUCACGACUGUGAGCAAAUUUGUCUCAGCGCACCAGGAUCGUUCAAGUGUGCCUGCAGGGAGGGCCACACGCUUAAGGACGACGGCCGUACCUGCAGCGCCUGCAGUGAUGUUGCCACAGACGUGGUCUUUCUGAUAGACGGCUCAAAGAGUGUGAGGCCAGAGAACUUUGAGCUGGUGAAGAAGUGGAUCAACCAGAUUGUGGACAAGUUGGAAGUGUCAGAGUCCAAGGCUCACGUGGGCCUGGUGCAGUACUCCAGCUCUGUCAAGCAGGAGUUUCCGCUCGGCCGUUACAACAACAAGAAGGACCUGAAGGAAGCGGUGAAGAAGAUGGCCUACAUGGAGCGUGGGACCAUGACUGGCCAGGCUCUCCGCUUCCUGCUGGACAACAGCUUCACCCCAAAUCAGGGUGCAAGGCCUGGCGUGGCCAAGGUGGGCAUCGUCUUCACUGAUGGCAGGUCACAGGACUACAUUGGAGAUGCAGCAAAGAAGGCAAAGGAGCAUGGAUUCAAAAUGUAUGCUGUGGGAGUAGGGAAUGCUGUUGAGGAUGAGCUGAAAGAGAUUGCCUCACAGCCUGUAGCUGACCAUUAUUUCUACACUGCCGACUUCAAAGCCAUGAACCAGAUAGCCAAGAAGCUGCAGAUCAACACUUGUCCAGCGGAGGAUCCCUGUGAAUGUGAUUCUAUUACUAAGUUCCAGAAAAAAGUGGAAGAGGCACUACAGGCAUUAACAAAGAAAUUGGAGGGGGUAACAAAGAGGAUUGCUGCUCUGGAGAACAAAAUUGUGUGAAAAGGCUCCAACUUUUACUUUUCAUGUCCCCCACUCUUUACACUUUUUGUAAAGUACCUUUCAUUUACUUCCUGUGACCUCUGACCCCUGUGCCCAAGUUCCUCCCCUCUGCCUCCUUCCAUAACUAAAUAUCAAGGGGAUGAUGAAGCACUGAUCAUCAGGGUGAUCUUGACAUACUUGACUUCACAAUAAGAGUCACCCGAACAGGGAUGAUGUACGUGCAUCAAACAGCCUUUCCCACAGGACCAUUUGUGCAUUAAGAAAACUAUUCUAGGUUUGAAUUUGAACUUCUUGCAGAGCCAUUAUAUGAGUAUAUAAAAGUUCACACUGAAAGUGUAUUGUAAAGGUUUUCAUGUACCAUCAAGUUAUCCCUGUGGUGUGUUGCACAUGUUUAAAGCUUCUGCCCACCUAAAAGAAUUAUGGCAAUCAGUGGAGGGUUCACUCUGUUACUCUUGCCUCUAUUUGAAUAUUUCUUCAAUCUCUAAACCUCUACUUUAAUUUCAACUUGUGCCCAAACAAAAGGUCUCUCUUAUUUGAUUUGAGGUAUAUAUAAGGUUAACUUAAGAUAAGACUGGACUUGAAAAACAUGUGGAUACUUGUUUAUUUUCUGAAAUAAAAUAUUACAGGAGAUAUGAGCUGAGUAAUUAAACAUACUUACACAGAUACACUUGUAUGCGCGC